AUGAUGAGAGGAGAAUCCACAGCAGUGAAACAACAGAGCGAUGAUGAUGAUUUUAUUCCUUUUGACCUGAUGAAGGUGAACGGGGAUAUUCAAGAGCUGAAUGAAGUGGAUGAGAAAUUUCAGAAAGUUCAUAUUUUCAAAACUGGAGAAAAUGAUUUGAGUUGUUCAAAGACUAAAAAGAAUUGCCCAUCAAAAAAGUCUCAAAGAACUGCCAAAAAUACUUUCACCUGCUCUCAGUGUGGAAAACAUUUUACAUAUAAAUUUCAUCUUAAAACACACAUGAGAGUUCACACAGGAGAGAGGCCUUACACAUGCCAUCAGUGUGGAAAACGUUUAACAUCUGUUGGCCAUUUUAAAGAUCAUCUCCACUGUCACUCUGGGGAAAGGCCGUUUGAAUGUGAUCAGUGUGGUAAAACAUUUGUUGUGGAUACAAACUUAAGAAAACACCUGAAAACUCACACAAAUGAGAAGCCUUACAAGUGCUCACACUGUGGAAAGAGUUUCUCUCAGUCAAAAAACCUGAAAAUACACGAGAGAAUUCACACUGGAGAAAAACCUUACAAGUGCUCACACUGUGGAAAGAGUUUCUCUCAGUCACCACACCUGAAAACACACGAGAGAAUUCACUUUGGAGAAAAACCUUACAAGUGCUCACACUGUGGAAAGAGUUUCUCUCAGUCACCACACCUGAAAACACACGAGAGAAUUCACUUUGGAGAAAAACCUUACAAGUGCUCACACUGUGGAAAGAGUUUCUCUCAGUCAAAACACCUGAAAACACACGAGAGAAUUCACACUGGAGAAAAACCUUACAAGUGCUCACACUGUGGAAAGAGUUUCAGUCAGUCAGAACACCUGAAAACACACGAGAGAAUUCACACUGGAGAAAAACCUUACAAGUGCUCACACUGUGGAAAGAGUUUCUCUCAGUCACCACACCUGAAAACACACGAGAGAAUUCACAAUGGAGAGAAACCUUACAAGUGCUCACACUGGAAAAACAUUGAUGUACUUGGCAGACGCUUUUAUCCAAAGUGACUUACAGUGCACACAGUGGUGGUGGCUGUGGGAAUCAAGCCGUCAACCUUCUGCUUACUAUUUCUGUGCUUUAGCGACCACCGCUUCACAAACCCUGAAAAUACAUGACCCCCCAUCUGCUGGC